GUUUGUCCCUGCUCGGUUGCCGUUGUACAGUUCCCUUCCAACAACAAGAAGACUUGCGCUUCCACUGAGCUGCACUGAUUUGAAUGUGUUAAAAUUCACCCGCUCACAUUCUCAGCAGUGACGCCCACAUAACUGGACUUAUUCAAAGUUACCGCAUUCACCCUCUCGGCGAGUUUCCUCCGAGUUCCGCAGCGCAGUUGGUGUUUAAUAAGCAACAAACAUUUGGAGACAGAAGAUGAUUCAACUUUCUUCCUCUCAGCUGAUUAACUCAGAAGAAACAGCAAUAAGACUUCAAACAAAAUGCCUUUAAGUGGAAAUUCAGCGUUCUGGAGCAAAGAGUGCAGGGGGUGAUGGAGAACCAAGAGGAAAGGGCUGCAGAGGAGCAGGCCAGCGCGGCUCCAGAGCGAGGCCUUCUCCAUGUGUGGCGUUCAGUGGGAUGCAGCCAUCAGCUCUACCCAGAGAGGGUGCUGCUGUCUGCACCCGUUCAGCAGGUCUCCCUGGGAGAACAUCACGGCCUCCUGUUGGCACAAGGUGGUCAGGUGUUUUCUUUUGGAGAGCUGUCAUGGAAGGGCCUGAGCAUCCCGGUGUCUGCUCCGGUGUUGGAGGUCUCUCUCCGGGGGAAGAACGUGGUCCGUGUGGCUGCUGGAGGAUUCCAUUGUGGAGCCAUAAUCGACCAGGGCCAUGUCUACAUGUGGGGGGAGAACACUGCAGGACAGUGUGGGGGCUCAGCGGCAAACAUCACAGUCUCGGAGCCCAGCCCGGUCAGCGUGGUAGACACGGAGGUCGUUCCUCCAGUGUCGGUGCGGGUCGUUGACCUCGCCUGUGGACGGGAGCACAGCCUGGCCCUGUCGGCUCGGAACGAGCUGUGGGCCUGGGGGAGCGGCUGCCAGCUUGGCCUGGUCACCACAACCUUUCCUGUCUGGAAACCUCAGAAGGUCGAGCACUUAGCAGGAAGACACGUCAUUCAGGUGGCAUGUGGCGCGUACCACAGCCUGGCUCUUGUUCGAAGUUUACCCGCUCAGGAUACGAACCCCCCUAAAAUAAAGGAACAAGGCCAAUCACCUCGCUGUCCAGCGGCGGUCAGAGACGAGCUGUUUACCUCUGAUGAUUCUCACUACUGCCCCCUCGGGGUUGAGCUCACUGAGGUCAUGACAAGCGAGACGUCCCCCAGAAGACAAACUCCCAGACGAAGACUCCAUCCGCAGGGAAUGUCGUCUGGCAGCAGUCCUGGCUCCGCAGCCACUUUUCCCUCAUUUUCUGUGGAAUGCCGCUCUAACUCUAAACAAAACCUCUGUAGGACUCUUCCAGUAAGCGCUGAGUCUGAGGAGAGCACGGACUCUGAAUCCCAGACCGAUGGCCGCUCUAAAGACCACUUGGUGUCCAGCUGGAGAACCAACAAGAACUCGGACUUCCCUGAUGAGCUGGAGCUUCAGAACCUCCUUGAGAAGCUUUCUGAUCAUUCGUUGGAGUCGGACCGAACCACAGCAGCAGGCGAUGCAGACUCGGUGAGCAGCCACACUUCAGAUGAUAGCUGUGUUUCUUCAGCUCCAUCUUCAGAUCUGUUAAACUCCAGUUACAACGACGACUCAGCGUCUAAGAGACAAACUGUCAGCAUCUCUGGGUCGUACCCGUCUCCUCCUGUGUGUUUAGAAGAAGUCCGUCUUUGUCUGCAGAAGGAGCGGCAGGCCCUGCAGGGGCAGAAGAGCUCCAGCCUGACAAACAUACACCAGAAGGGGAAAAGUGCAGCCAGCAGGAGGCGCUCUCAUCCCGGGACCCCCACCCACGGGUCUCCUCAGAGGCGCCGUCCGUGUGUCUGCAGGCCGUUUACCUCGGCUCAGACUCCGGCCGCAGGCCCCGACGAGGCAGGAGACGGACUGCCGUCUCUGGAUACUGAAGUGUGGAGCUGGGGUCGCGGUUCUGAGGGCCAGCUGGGUCAUGGAGACCAGCUCGCCAGGCUCCAACCUCUUUGCAUCAAGCCUCUGACAGGACAGGAAGUCAUCAAGGUCACCGCAGGGUCGCACCAUUCUCUGGCUCUCACUGCUCAGUGUCUGGUUUACUCGUGGGGCAGCAACAUGUGUGGACAGCUGGGUCACGUCAACAGUCCCGUCACGGUGCCACAGCGGGUAAAGCAGCCCGGUGGUCUUCGUGUUUGGGAUCUGUCGGCUGGCCAGAGCCACUCCCUCUUCUUGGCCAAUGGUGACUGCGUCCAGCCGGUGCUGCUGUACUGCGGCCAGCAGCAGCCGCCAUCGCAGCAGCAGCUCAGUUGUAGCUCGUGCCAGAGCUCACCUACCAAAGUGGAGAGUUGCACGGUCAGACCGUCCCCGCUGCCUUUCCGCAUCGAGACGGGUUACAUCUGCAGCGUGCGCAGUGGCGGUCAGAUGUGUGCCGCCUCCACCGACAUCAACAUUCAGGGUUUUGUCGCAGCUAUCCACGAGCUGGCCUCCAGAGAGAGGGGUUUUUACUGCUGGCUCAGCGACUUUAAGAAGGUUUUUCUCACUCCGUUGCGUAAAAAAGAGAGGGUCUGUCUGGCGCUGGGCGAGCUCUGCACACACCUCUUCUUCUCCCUUUGUGAGACUUUUCUGCACCUGAGCGUCCUGGUUGGUCGUCACGCCACCUCACUCAGCUACUUCCUACACAACGCGCAGAGUCGUGAUGUCACUUCCUUUCCCUUGCUGACACACACACAGCAUUUCCUGGACAUAUAUAAAAAGUACUGUCUCGCCGUGGGUGACUUCCAGGUGAUGGGUGGAUUCCAGUCCCUCCAUAAAGCCUCUCUUGAGUGUAUGGGACACCAGCUGACCUUGCUCUCUCAGCUGAAUCUGCCGGACCAGUUAGUUAGUGGGGACGUUGAUCUGGUUUCCAUGUUCUACUGGCCUCUGCAGCAGCUCCACCACUAUAACCGAGUCCUGCUGAAGAUGGCAGCCUGCUAUGAUGUGCUAACCGUGGAGUACCAGUCCCUCCAUCAGGGCUGUAGCCAGUUUGAGACUCUGUCUUCGUUUCUGCUGAGGAAGCAAAAGGAGGCUGAAAGCACCUUCGUUUUCUGGAAGACCCAGUCGGGAAAAGCUAACGAGGCUUUGCAAAUCCCGCAGCGACGCGUGGUGUGUGAAAGCAGCAACAGGUCUCUGGUCCUGCAGAACUCGGGUCGGUUCUCGAGUCACUGGUUCAUCCUGUUCAACGAUGUACUGGUGCACAUGCAGGGUGCAAUUCCCUCUCAAAGCUUUCUCUCCACACAUCGUGUUUUCCCUCUGACGUGUUUGUGGGUCAAACCAGUGACUGACGACAGCAGCGGACUCUACGCCAUCAAAAUCACAUGUCCAGAGGAGAGUUUCACCCUCGUGGCCUCGACGCCGCAAGAAAAGAACAAGUGGCUCAGAUCUCUCAACCAAGCUGUGGACCAGGUUCUGGGCGGUGGAGGUCAGAGGUCAUCACCAGGAGUCACUGCCAUGUCACGCACCACCUCCUACAUGUUCACCAUGGAUGAACGACUGAAAGACGCCCAGUACACCGGAAGCUGGCACGCUGGACGGGUCCAUGGCAGAGGAACCAUGAAGUGGCCAGAUGGACGAACGUACAAAGGAAACUUUAAGAAUGGACUGGAGGAUGGUUACGGAGAGUGUUUAAUACCCAACAAAGGGCAGGACAAACCCGACACCUACCAGGGACAAUGGAGGGAAGGCAAGAUCCACGGCUUUGGGAAGUACAAGUAUGCUAGCGGUGAGGUGUACGAGGGCUGUUUCUGUGAUGGACAGCGUCAUGGUUACGGCAUGCAGAGUUCCGGUAAACUGGCCCGGACCUCCUCCAGUGUUUUCAUCGGCAACUGGGUUCACGACAAGAAGGAGGGAUAUGGAGUCAACGAUGACAUCACCAGAGGUGAGAAGUACAUGGGGAUGUGGCUGGAGGACCAGCGCCACGGCAACGCCGUGGUCGUCACCCAGUACGGCCUUUAUUAUGAAGGCACGUUUAAGGACAACAAGAUGAUCGGUCCAGGUCUGCUGAUUUCAGAGGACGACACCGUUUUUCAUGGGGAGUUUUCUGAGAACUGGACCAUCAGCGGGAAUGGAGUCUUGACUCUUGCCAACGGCGACUGUCUGGAUGGAGCUUUUGCUGGAGAGUGGAGAAAAGGCCUGAAGGUGACGGGAACGUACACCAAACCUGCCCUGGAGGAACGAGACCACAAAGAAAAAAACAUCCCACACUUGGGGCAGUACGUGGUGCCUGCAGCUCAGAGGUGGACCUGUGUGUUCGGUGAGUGUUGGAGCCGACUGGGCUGCGAUGCCGCUGGGAGAGGAGAGAGGACCGCAGCCUGGGAGAACAUUGCUGUUACCAUAACAACGGCAAGGCGACAGGGUCCGGACCUCAGCAAAUCUCAGAGUAAAGUCCUGGAGAGUUUGGAGUUUAUUCCUCAGUACGGAGAACCGGUGACCACUGAGAAUUACGACGGCACAAGGAGGUACCUGGCUAAGGCGUGUGAGACCCCCCACCACCCGUUAGGCUGGUUGGUGGAGACUUUGGUGACGGCCUACAGGAUGACCUACGUCGGCGUGGGGUCCAAUCGGAGGUUACUCCAGCAGGCUGUCCAGGAGCUCCAGGCAUACCUCGCACACUUCUACACCAUCAUCAGGUUUCUGUUUCCGGGCCUACCUGAUGAUGGAGGCGUCAUCCCAGAACCUUCCCAAACCAGACGCAACUCCGAACUGGAGCACGGCGUUGUGGUGAUGAGCACCUCCUCCCUGCUCCUCCCAGUGCUGCUCCCUCGACUCUACCCUCCUCUCUUUACCCUCUACUGUCUGCAGAAGGAGCAGGAGGAGGCGCAGUACUGGGAGCGCAUCCUCCGACUCAACAAACAUCCCGACCAAUCCCUGCUCAGCUUCCUGGGCGUUCAGGAGAAGUUUUGGCCUCACUGGAUGUCGAUUCUGGGGGAGAAGAAACAGAUCGUGUCCAGCAGUAGAGACGCCUGCUUCGUUUCUGCUGUAGAGACGCUUCAGCAGAUCAGCACUACCUUCACACCUGCUGAUAAACUCGUGGUGAUCCAGAAGACGUUUGAGGAGCUCACGCUGGAGGAGAAACCUUUCCUGGAUGGAGAUUUCUUGUGGUGCAUGGAUGACCUGUUCCCACUCUUCCUUUACGUGGUGCUCAGAGCGAGGAUCAGAAACUUGGGAGCUGAAGUCAGCCUGAUAGAAGACUUGAUGGAUCCCAACAUUCAGCACGGAGAGAUGGGACUGAUGUUCACGACACUGAAGGCCUGCUACAUCCAGAUCCAGCAUGAAUCCACUACAUAGGAGCAGACAGGAAGUGGCUCCAGGUAACGAGGAAACAAAACCAGUCACAUCACCAGGUUCCUGCUGGCGGACGGACGAGGUCGGACUUCUCGCCUUUCCUGGAUAUUUGUUAAUCAUCAACAUCUCUGAGACCAGAAUCAACUUCACGGUCACUGAUUUCAGCUACACGCUGACGUCAAAAAUGUUUUACACACACAAGAUUUCCACCAUUUCUAAUUUUUUGUUUUUACAGUAGUUAGUACAGUUUAUUUUUUUUCUAAAGGAAGAUACCAGAAUAGCCCGCUGAAAUGGUCUAAUGUACAUUUUUUAUAUCUAAUCUAAUUUAAUGAUCUUUAAAACAAAAAUCACUAAUAAUAAAACUACUAAUAAAACAAAAAUAUAUUUUUCUAACAUUUAAUCUCUCCAGAAAGGGAACUUUUGGUUAAAUAUUUAAUUAGCAGAUUGUGUAUAAAUUAUAUGAUAUUUUAUACAAAAUACUGUAAUUAAAGUAUUUUUAUUAUAAAAAGCCUUUGAAUAAACUGGAAAGGUACACAAACCUCAUUGGGUAGCUAACCUAACAAAGUUUAAUAUAAAUACAUAUGUUUGUUUUUGUUUAUUCUAACAUUUGCACAUCUAAUCAUGGAUAACAUUACAAGGAAUGUUGGUUUAUUUUAUUUUUCUCAUAAAUGUAUCAAAUAUACCACAACCGGUACUUUUAGUAACUUUAACAUAAGGAUGUGUACUGGUGAAAUUCUGGCGAUACGAUGUGUAUCACGAUACAGAGACAACGAUACGUUGUAUUGCGAUGUAUUUUGCCAUACAUUCGGCCAGAUGAUAUUAGCGAUUUUUUCAGACUGACUUUAUAGUAGGAAAAUUCAAUGAGCAGUCCAAACUGAUAUUUAAUAUGUUUAGCGUGAGGUAUCUGAACCAUAAUAGAGGGAUUUUGUUUCAAUGGUGGAAACAAAAUCCUCUGCACAUUGCUGCCAACUAGCGGUCGGCGUUUGAAUUGCAUCAAACGAAAAGAAACACACAAAUGUUUGCACGUAAUUUUUUUCAAAAAUUUGAUACACAGCUUUUGAAUAUCAGUAUAUCGCAGGAAAAAUAUCACGAUAUAUUGCCAUAUCGAUAUUUUCUUACAUCCCCACUUUAAAAUGUAUUCUCAUUGCUACUGUAAAAGUUAUGGGUCAAAGAAAAAGAAAUAUUUAGAGUUUAUUCAUUGAAGAAAAAAAAGUCUUUGAAAUAUUUAGAAUAUUGGCUUUUUUACCGAUAUUGCUGACUCAUUAUUUUCGAUAUCGAUAUAAACCGAUACCGAUAUUUUGCCAUAUUAAAUUUUAAUGCCUGAUAUUAAUAGUAGACCAAUAAUAUCGAUCAUCCCUCAUUUAGAGGAGAUAUUUUGUGUUCAUCACAGCCAACAUUUAUUCUGUUUGUUUGAUUUUUGUUAGAAAUAAAGGAAUAAAAAUCUGCUCCCAGCUGGAAGGGAACGUUUUUAAUAAAGUGGCAUUUAUGGGCGUUUUGCACUCAGAUGAUGCUUUUUUUUACCAAGUUGUCUUUUAUUUUAAUUUUUUUUCGCUUUAUAGGGAAAAAAUGAGAUGAGAUGAAACCCGUAAUUCAUGUGAUGCAGAUCUGGAAUGGAGUUUUGCUUUUUAAAUACCAAUAAAUGGGUUUUGAAACUUU